AUGCUCCUGGUUCCUCACCCCUUGCCCAAGGCGGAGGCACAGCACCACGUCGUCACCCAGAACGGCUCUGGAAGGAAGUACCAAUGCAAGAUGUGUCCAACCGUAACCCAUCGAACGGUAUCCUUUCGGGUAAUUAGCCGGGGCCAUCAGGAGCGAUAUUCCAUCAGGGUCUAUAUUAAGAUACUCCCGGGUAGCCUUCGCACGCCUGAUGAUGGAAUACGCCUUGAACCUCCUCGUUACCGAGCAAAUAGGAACACGCUUACAACAUACUACAUUAGCACCGUCGACUUGUUAGAUCUUCAAAACAUCAACAUUUACAUGAAGGUGCUCAGAAGAUCUAACGGAUCCAGAAGUUACAGAGAGCCCAUAACUUAUGAGCUGAGAUGUCUCACUCAGCCAUCCGUUGAGACGUACCUAAUCGAACGACAUUGA